UGUUGGUGUUUACACAACUGCCAGGAUUUCAUUGUGAUCAGUAAACUCUGCAGACAAGAUGGCAGCUAUGAAUGCUCUUAAAAUAGAGACAAAGUCUCUAAGAUUUGCAUUCCAGAUCACGGACAUAACUUUCAAUCAUAAUGGUAAAUUUUAUUUGAAACUAACAAUCGUAAAUGCUACUGGUGAAGAUGUUGGAAUAAGCGACGUGAUGGUCAUAUAUGGUGACAGUGAUGAUCCCAUUAAUGACUACACCGGAAAUACGGAUGAAAUUGUACAGCUAAAUAAAGAGGAAUUCUAUAAAUUUCGAAACAAUAAAUUCACUUUCAUAUUGCCUAAAGGUUUUUGCAAGAACGAUAUGAAGCAUGAUAUAGUAUUAUUAAUUGAAGCUUACGUAGAAGAUGAAGAUGAUAAAGAAUUCAAGAAAGCUGGAGAAGGGAAAUUCGCUAUCUACCCCCGACCGAAUGAGCCUAAAAUUAAUGUGUAUGCUAAGAAGGGGGAGGACUAUUACAAUUAUAGUGGCAUUAUGACAUUAUUCAGAACUCUUGAAAAAGAACCGAUUACAAUGCAUUGUGGGAGACUCAAAUACACUGUCACAUUAUGUGAGGCAGAUCCUUCAGCAUCACCGACUCCUCGAACUCCGCUACCAGAACCGGAGCCAGAACCUCAACGGCAACCUACUCCAAAGGAACCUACACCACCACCACCCAAGGAACGCACACCUACACCCCCUCCACCUCCACCACCUGAAAAGAAAACUCCACCUCCACAAGUAACUAAACCGGCAAGGCAGCUUCCUGAAGAUGACCGACUUUUUAUCCCUUCUCCGACUCCACCACCUGGGGCAGGACAUCGUAUUACAGAUUCCCCAUUGCCUGAAGUUACAAACCGCCAAGUAGGUGCACAGACAGGUAUGCAUGUAUCCAGGCCUGGUAAAGACGAACUGGAGAUAAUAGUGCACGGAUGCACCAGUUUACCAUCGUUACCAGAUGGCAGAAUACCUAUACCAUAUGCUAUUGGGAAAAGCGGGAGUGAUGAAGAGAAUGAUAAACCAGCUCAGGCGUCCACACAUACGGCAAUACUACCAACGCAUUCACCGUCUUGGGAGGAGAUUAUGACAGUAGAAGUGGAAGACCAUAAUGCCAAGAAAGAUGCUCUGAUUUUGAAAGUAGCAGACAAUCCGUCCAAGGAGUUACUAGUUAAUUACAAAAUACCAAUAGCUAAUUUAAUACCAUUCCAUCAAUAUCACUUUGAGUUUAUCCAGGAACACCUGAAACUUCAAAAAAACCCAGAGAGCAUUCACGAUUACCUUUUUAUUCCACUAUUUUCGUCUAUGACAAAUGGCACUACUUUUUACACAUCAAUGAGCGUUGGUGAUCAGGAGACAUGUAACACCAUUACAACAGUAUGA